AAAGGGAUGAAGAGAAUUUUAGAUGAGAGCUUUUGGAUAUUAUUUAUACUUUUCGAAAAAUAUUUUGAACUCAUGUACAAUUGUGGAGAAAAAUAUACUCUUCGCAUGUGAAAAUGUUAUUGGAGAGGCGGACUAGAUAAGAGAAGGAAUCGUAUACCCCUUGGCCUCGAUAAGACCUCCUUCCUAACUGCAUUCCACUGUCGGGACAUUACUGCUGAAGAAAGUCGAUGGCACUCACAUGCCUUAGGCAAAGCUUUCAAUGCAACUGAUUUUCCUUGCGGUAUACACGGAGAGAACUUUAAACCGUGAAAAACAGUGUCAUCAUGAAAGUAAAAGAUGAACUCACAUUAAAUAUUCGAGCAAAAGUGGGAAACUGAAUUACCGAUGACAGUCACUGCUUUCGCUAGUGGCGCCACUGGUUUUCUAAGUUUUCCCACCAAAAUUGAGGGUGUCACCUUUUAAAGUUAAAUAAUCCAUGACGAUCACAUAGUUUUUCCAUGAGAUCAUCGAUUUUUCCCGUGACAGUCAUCCGAGAGCGGUUCGUGAGAAGUUGUGUGUAUAGUUUGAAGUGUAUAAAAUAAAGAGGAAAUAUUAUGGAUGAUUAUGUCUCAAAAGUGCUUAGUGAUUGGAAUCUCUCAUUAUUACAAAAUUUAUUCAGAUUUCACAAGAUAGAUAAGACGAGAUUUUUUUGCUUAACUGAGGACGAGAUUUCAGAAAUUAUUCCUAAAGAAUUAGGAAAUGAAAUAAUUUCUGAUUUCAAGUUAAAAUAUAAAUUGAAUUUAGUUUCCAAUUUAAAUGACAAUGUUGAUAUUGUAAAUAAUACAGAAGAAGAAAACAUCGACGUAUUAAAUUUGACUGUGACAAAUGAUGAGGCUUUUGACAUUGACAAUAUCAACAUUGAAAAUCUCAGUUGCGAUGAAAAUAUUGAAAAACUGCAAAAUAUUGAAAAUUUCUAUUCAUCAAUUGAAAGAAAUAUGCCACUUUUUCAAUUAUUGUGCAGUACUUUAGUUGGGAGAUUUAUUCUUUAUGAGUACUCGAAAACUAAAACUUUUUCAAGAAAAGAUUUAUGCAGAAUUGUCAUAGAAAAUGCAAUAAAUAAAACUAUAGGGACUUUAAUGCCAUUUUCGUAAGCAUUAAUUUAUAAAUAAUUUCUGUAUUUCGUUUAUCAACAUUUCUUUAUUUAUUAUAAUAAUGUUUUUUUUCAUGUUCGCAAAAUUUGCUUUGCGAACAUAACCAGGGUGGUCA